AUGGAAAACACGGCCAAAAAGAAGGCUAACGAAAAGAAAGGGAGAAAAAAAGCGAACGAUGUUAAGGAGCGGAUACUGAGCGGGCGAGCCGUUCUGUGCUUCGACGAAGAAAUUGAGUUCGACAAAUGCGGCCCUGUCAGUGCGGACCAGGUUGAGGACACGACAGAAAAGAAGAAAAAAAAAGCAAGUCAUGAAAAAGCGAAGAAUAAUGCUUCGAUAGACAGUGCAGAAAUAGGCACCCAAAAGAAAGGCCCCAAAAAAAACAAGGAAGGGAAAAACGAUGAGUCACACAAAACCUCAAAGGAUAAGGAAAAAAUCAAGGAAAGAAAAAAAAAAAAAAAAGGCAAAGAAAACGCCAACAGUAUUAACAGUAAAGAUAAUGACGGUGAAGACGAAAUUGAUAUUUACAAAAAUGACGACAGAAAUGUAGAUAAGGAUGGCCCGUCAAAUUUAAACCAAGAAGAUGUGUUUAACGAGGUAGACAUCUCCACCAACAGUUCUUCAAGCCCCAGGAUUCAGAGAAGUAAUAUGGAAUUGAAAAAAAAAAGUUCUUCCAAAUUCAUAAAAUUACAAAGUAGUAACAACGGUGAAGUGUUGAAUGAAGAAAAUGACGAACAGCUAAAUAAAUGGAUCGAAACUUUGCCGAAUAUCAAUUCCGAAAUAGGAAGCUUACUGAAUAAUCACCUCCCUUGUUACAACAUCCUUAACAAUGUUAAAAGAAUCAACAAAAUAAAAAGCAUUGCUUAUAAUGAGAAUGAAAAUGAAAAUGACGAAAUGUUAAAUACAAUUGAAAAAUCUAGUAUUAUGUUUAAUUCGAUUAAACUCUCCGCCAAGGAAAAAUACAUCAUCAGGUUCCUCUGCGAAGGGUCUUCCCACACGCUAUCCGAGUUGGUCGAGUUAUUGUUUUACAUCCUCAACAAUGACGAAUUGGUGCGUGACAAAUUCCCUGUAAACACCGCACCCAGUUCUGACAAAGCGGCGGGCAACGCUGCUUUUGCGCUGAACCAAGCGGAGGAGAACCAAAGCGGGCAGGAUAGCAACGCACCGCUCAACGCACCGCCCAAUGUGCCGCUUAACCGAGGUAACGAAAGCUGGGAAAAUCGCGAAUGUCACGAAAGUCACGCAAACCAGUGCCACCUAUCCAUGGACAAUUUCUCCGAUGAGGAGUACUACUCGGACGAUGGCGAGAAGGGGAACUACAACAUCCACAUCAGCAGGGAGGACCUCCUCUCCAGCAUCCCCAUUUUACUGAGCAGGAAAAGUCUAGGGGACAAUAUGAAAAAAAUGAAUGUCAGCAAAAACGAAAAUAACGAAAAGGAGUGUCUAUGGGUUUGGGAAAAUGACAACUACGACAUAUUCCCCUCGUACUAUAAAGAAAUAUUUAAAUAUUUUAAAGAAUUCAGAAAUAACAUGAGCAAAAUAUAUAAAACGUUAAUCAAAUUAAAAAACUCCAUUGUGAGUAAGGACCUACAGAGCAUCAUCAAAAUACAUGACUAUUUAAAUGAGCUGAAGAAGAAACAAUAUUUCGAAUCCGAAAAAAGGUGCAAGAAAAUUUUAACUGAGAAAAAAAAAAUCAUCAAAAAAAAAAUGGACAUGAAAAAACAAGAAGAAAAGAAAAAAAAAAUAGAAGACGCCAAAUGUCUGGAAGAAAAAAAAGCCGCAACUGUUACCAAGUUGGAUAGCAUGGUAGCACAGAAUAAGACUGAAGAGAAGAAGCCCAAGCAGCAGAACUUAAUACUGUCUUGGCUGACAAUGAAAAAAAAUCAGGCAGUAAGUGCCGCCAAUUCGAAUGAGAACUCAGAGCAAGUCGUUAAAUACCCAAUUGCCAAUGUCCUCAGUUUUAACGAGGCCCUACGGGACAAACUGAUGGAAGCCCAAAACCAGCUACCCAUAAUCACGUGCAACCGAAAGGGCGCCAAGGAAUCGAGUCGCUUAUUUAAGGGCAAUUGCGCUUUGGAUAAGCAGAAACUUCUCGCGGACUACGAGAAGAUAUGCGGAAGUCACAAAAGGACAGUUGUGGAUUACUUCAAAGUAUACGUGGACAAUAAAGAAUUCUUUGAGGAAAUCCCGUCGGUUGACAGCAUUGAUGGGAGCAAGAUAAUCACACAGAAUGAAAAGGGAGUGAGGUCCAAGCUUUGGGAAGACAACGAAUUUUACUCCAAGCUGAAAAACUCGGACUACAUCAGGAGCUUUUACUUUUACGACAAUUCGUGGACAAGGCCAUACAUGUCCCUCCUCGUGCAUAAAGUUUUAGACGACAACAUAAAUUUGCUCCCCUUUUAUUACCACGAUGAUAUGGAAUAUGAAAAUGACACGAAUGAAGAUUACUACGAGAAGUUUGAAACGAUCGACCUUACGACGGAGAAUGAGGAAAACGAAACGGAAAGCGACGGAAGCUCCCAAGACAUGUUCAUCGUCCCAGAUAAUGAGCUAAACAGGGACAUCGACAUAACGCCCAUAACAAUACCUACCAGUCAGGAUAUUCACUUCUUCUCUUUGUUUAAUUGGGAGUGGACAUUCGAAGGGAACCCCAAGCGGAACUACAACAUAAUUAACAAAAACACGUGGAAGGAGUUCAACCUGAUAUAUAAGGAGAACAUUUACGGAUGCCAGUACAUGUCUUGGGGAAAAGAGAACAACCCCUUCAUAUACCUCUCCGAAAGGAACAAUCCGAAGAACACUCUGGACAACUAUGACAUUAAGAAAUUAAUAAAGCAUUCUCAUGGAAAGGCAACGAAGAAGGAUGUCCUAGUGGACCAGUUCAAGCUCAAAAAUGAGCACCUAACGAAGGCGGACACGGAGCGGAAGUUCAAGACUUAUUUGGUGUACAAAAAGUGCGAGGAUAACAGAAAGAAAUGGAUGGCCUCGGAAGAAGGAAUUAAAUUAUUUAAGAACGAGCAACUGCUGACCAAAAUUUAUGACAUCCGCAAAAGAAAGCUAAACCUAAUUACACAAAAAAUGGAACAAGUGAAGAGACAAAAACGGAUGGACAGGGAAAAUUUAAAAAAGGAAGAGAAAAUAAAAAGGAAAGAAAAAUCAAAUCAAGAAAAAUUAGCAAGUAAGGACAACGUGAAAAAGGAAGAAGCAGUAAAGGACCCAGAAAAAUUGGAAAAGAAGGAAACGAUGACGAAGAAGGAGGCGGCAAAUAUUGUCCAAAAGUUAUCUUCAAGUAGCUCCCUGACUGGUAGCAAGAAAGUGAAGAAGUGA